GGAGGUGGAGGCCCGGGGGGAAGUGAAUGGUUUUACCCAGCGGGCCCUGCGUCUGCCCUUUCCUCGGUCGCAGCAGCCGCGGCCGUUUUCCUCUUUCCGCUGGGCCAUGGCGUUCACGUUCGCUGCCUUCUGCUACAUGCUGGCGCUGCUGCUCACCGCCGCGCUCAUCUUCUUCGCCAUCUGGCACAUUAUAGCAUUUGAUGAACUGAAGACUGAUUACAAGAAUCCUAUAGACCAGUGUAAUACACUCAAUCCUCUUGUACUUCCAGAAUAUCUCAUCCACGCUUUCUUCUGUGUCAUGUUUCUCUGUGCAGCAGAGUGGCUUACACUGGGUCUCAAUAUGCCACUCUUGGCAUAUCAUAUUUGGAGGUAUAUGAGUAGACCAGUGAUGAGUGGACCAGGACUCUAUGAUCCCACAACCAUCAUGAAUGCAGAUAUUCUAGCGUACUGUCAGAAAGAAGGAUGGUGCAAAUUAGCCUUUUACCUCCUAUCAUUUUUUUACUACUUGUAUGGUGCUGUUACAAUGGUUGAACAUUUGAAAGAAAUAGAGACCACUACAGUAGAGCAUGAUGUAUGUUUUGGUGAGCUCUUAGAGGAUAUACAACAGACUCAGUCCAGUUAA